AUGCGGCUCACAGCCCGGGACGAUGCUGAGCCGACCUUAAAGUUCGAGAACUUUGUGAACAACACUGUGCCUGUAAUCAAUCCCAGCGUUGUGCUAUGUACAGGUGAUAUUACAAGAGGGUACGGAAACAGUACUGGACUAUUCGACCUUCAGGGGGAGCAAAACAAACAGGAAUGGCAACUCUACAAACUGGUGUGUGCUACAGUAGUAAUCCUAUACGUAUGUAUUGAAACGUAG